CCGGAGUGAGAUUGCGGAGCAGAGGACAAUGUCUAUGCCGCGUAAAAGAUUAGGCGUAGUCGUUAAACAACAAGUUAAACCACAACGAUAAUGCGAACUCUAUUACUUUAUUCUCGUGUUGGAUUUGAUAAUAACUCCUAACUUGCGUAAGUUUCCGUUGAUUACCCCGGAACACCUGAAUUAUUUACUUCAAGGGGCGAGGGAUGGAUGUUCACCUUACAGAAGAUGAAAUGGCAGACAUUAAAAAAGACGUGCUGAACAAACUGAGGCCCUACCUGGUCACCAAGAUCAGAGCCGAGCGCCACUUCGACUACCUGCGCUCCCGCCGCAUCAUGACGCGGGACGACGCGGAGGAGAUGACCUCCCAGCCCACGCAGUCCAGGCGCGCCAGCACCCUGCUGGACCUCCUGAGCGACAACCCCCACGGGCUGGACGUGCUGAUUGAGUCCAUCCAGCUGUCCCGCUGCCAGAACUUCAUCAUCGCCAAGAUCACGGACGAGGUCCAGAAGGCCAAGAACGAGAAGAUCGAGGCGAUGAAAGCCGCCAGCACUCCUCCGACCGCCAACACCCUGAGCGUCCAGCGAGCCGCCCCCGGCGGCGGCAACGACCUCUCCAAGACGUUCUCCGAGGACUCCACCAUGCUCUACCACCCGGAUGGCGAGGGGAGCCCCGGCGCCUCGCUCCUCCCGGGGUCCCUCGAACUCAAGCCUCAGAAAGACGGCGGCGGCGGCGGCGGCGGCGGCGGCAGCGGCGGGGCCUCGGUGACAGGAUGGGACAUGCCGGCGUCCUCCUCCAUGUCCACGGCGCCCUCCACCCUCCCCAGGCCCGGAGACCCAGGGGCGCCCGCCCUGCCAGAGGAGAUGCUGGCGGAGGAGUCGUUGUCCCCGACCAUGGACCACGACACGCUCCAGUGCAGCGGCGGCGCCGACCUGAACUUUCAGCCCCUCAGGUCGCGCUCCACCACCAGCCCCAUGUAUGCUGCCAUGCCAGCCAAACAGCAAAACCCAAAACUGUUCCUGUCGUAAC